GUGGCAGCAUACUACGUCAUCAAAGAGGGUCCGCUGUGUAUUCAUGUACUGAGCUAGUCCAGCUAGCAGCUGUAUUCUGGGCUGACGUGAAGAAUUAAGGCUAAGAAGAUGAUGGAAGAGAGCGGAAUUGAGACUACACCUCCUGCCAGCCCUACACCUCCUCUGAGUGUAGCUGCUACAGUCAGCCCCCCACCACUGAGCAUAGGUCUGUCCAGCUCCUUGUCCCCCCGAGGAAUCAGUUCUGCCCCCCCCUCUGUCUCCGCUGCUCUCUCUCCUGUUCCCUCCCUACCUCCCUUCAGCAGCCAUGUGUCUCCACCUCCCCCCCUCUCCUCCCACUUUCCCCCUCCCGCCACACUUUCCUCCCCCUUCACCAGCAGCUCUCCCUUCCCUCCCACCGCAUCCCCCUCAGUGCCUCCCAUGUCCCCCAUGCCUUCCAUGCCUUCCAUGCCCUCCUCCAUCGGACCACCGCUUCCCUCGGCUUCUGGUGUGUUGGCCCCUCCCGUAGGACCGCCUGUAUCCAGCUUCUCUAUGAGUGCAGGAUAUGACAUCACACGAGGUCAUGCUGGUCGAACACCGCAGACCCCGCUGAUGCCCACAUUUUCCAGUCCUACCACCAUGCCAGGUGUAGUGUCUAACCCCAUGGUUCAGCAGCCAGCCAUGACAGGAGGAUUAGUUACUGCAUCUCCCAUCACUUUCCCAGAGGAGCAGGAAGACCCCAGAGCCUCUGCAGACAUCAACACAGGUGGAGGCAUCUGGGGCUUCUUCAAGGGAGUAGCAGGGAACACUGUCGUAAAGACAGUCCUGGAUAAAACCAAACACUCUGUGGAGUCCAUGAUCACCACUCUGGAUCCUGGCAUGGCUCCAUAUAUCAAGUCUGGAGGGGACAUAGACGUUGUGGUGACGUCAGAUAAAGAGGUGAACGUGGUCGCAGUCAGAGAUGCCUUUCAGGAGGUGUUUGGGAUGGCCAUGGUCACCGGAGAGCCCGGUCAGUCCAACAUUGCUCCGCAGCCGGUGGGCUACGCGGCCGGGGUCAAGGGGGCCCAGGAGCGCAUUGACAGCCUGAGACGGGCCGGUGUGAUCCAUGAGAAGCAGCCAGUGGUCUCUCUGGAAAACUUCAUCGCUGAGCUCUUUCCUGACAAGUGGUUUGACAUUGGCUGUUUGAUCCUGGAGGACCCUGGUCACAGCAUCAGAAUCGAGGUCUUCACUCAGGCAACUCCUCUGGCUCUGGAGCACGUCCAACAGGCUCAGUCCCUGACCCCUCCAGACUACAGCCUGCGCUGGUCGGGUCUGAUUGUUACGGUGGGGGAGGUCCUGGAGCGCAGCCUGCCCAACAUCAACAGGACAGAAUGGCAUCAGGCCAUGACGGGCAUGACACAACGCCAGAUGAUCCAGAGCACUGCCAAAGCCCUGGCUGGAAUCUACAAACUGCAGCUGCCACCUAGGACUAUGUGAGGCUGAACUGGUUCCACUUUGUGUCACAUACUGGGAGGAGUUGGAGACAUGUUGAAGGAAAAGCUAGCUGAUGGGACAGCAGGGUCCCUCUCAGCUCUAUAUCUGUCCUCCAGCCUCCUAGCAGGGCAAAGCCAAGUGCACAUUUCUUUGAAGAUUUUGAUGUUCGUACUCACAGAUGUUUACUGACAUUUCAGCGAGUCAGCAGGUUUUACUGUAACUCCAUCACACAUUAAAUCAAUGUCAGAAUACUUUGUUGAAAGCUCAGGCUCUAGGAACGACCUAACUAUUAAAUAAUCAUCUCUUCAUCCUCUCUGAAGGAUUAACACAUCAUAUAUAUUGAGAUCAAGAACUAUAACUCAUAUUGCAGCAAUAUUAAUUUUCAUGUUUUAGAAUUUUAAUUCUGAUGAUCAUUGUAGAAACAACUACUGAUGUCCCAGUUGUGUUGUAUAUACUACAGAUUUAUUUCAACAAUUUGGACCCGAACUGAAACACAAAAUAAACCCAAUGAGAAAAGGACCAGAGAAUAAUAUGAUCCAAUCCAAAAGAGAGAUUAAGCCCCACAGGCAGGUUUAGACUGAGUAUUAUAUAAGGUCCAAGGUCUGGUUUUGGAUACUGGGAGCCAAGUGGACCAGUGAAGACCUCUACUAUAUACUUUACCACUGUAAAUUCUACUUUGCACAAAUGUUGGCAGUGCACUACUUUGGCAGUUAAGGUAAUGUGCUGUUUUAUAGUAACAGGAAAUGAUCCAAUCAUCAUUCAUCUGAUCCCUGACACUACUGCCAAUGUCACAUUCUAAAACCUUCCAUCACUAGUAAUAAUGUUUUUCUAAUGAUUUAAUUUUGUGUAUAUUUUUGUUUUAUGAGCUGUUUCUUGAACCAUUGAUCCACUGUAACUGUCCACCUGUUAAAAUAAUCUCUUUGUAGCUGUAAAUAAAAAAAGUGUCUUCAACCAUGGCAGAAUGAACAUCCUUAGAGGCCGUGGGGCUAAAACCCACCAUUCCUCCCCCUUAAUGUGCAUUGUGAACUAUUCCCAUGCUAACUUCUCCUGCUUACAUUUACUGUGUGGUUUUUAGAUUUACAAUCAUUUCAUUUAAGAAUAUGCAAAUAUUGAUAGUGACAGAGGGUCUCAAGAUCAGGUAAUAAGAUUUAAAUGAGUGUAAAUCAGUUGCCACACAGUGAACCUGCUGAUCUUAGAGACAUUCUCCUGUCAGAGCUUUUUAAAGCACUGAAGUAGUAUGAAGCAACUGUGCUGAAAAUCCUUCAUUGUUUGAAAGCAUUAAUGCAGUCUAGUCUACUAGACACUGCCUUUGUAUGGACCUUGAAAUAUGAUACUUAACAUAUUCUGAUCAUUAUGUCCUGCCUAUAGGAUAUAUUUGCUUUACACUCAGUCCAUCUAGGUUAGUCUGCAUGCUGGUACUUCAAUCUAUACUUCAUUUUGUCCUCCUUCUAGUGUGAAUGCAUUAAAUCCAGUUGAAGUCUGUAUAUAGAGCACAACUGGGACACAGCUAGAAUGGUCUGAAGGUGACAUUCAUGUUUUAGAUGUAAUGUUUUAGUCUGAAAAAUCAGAGUAUGGCUUUUAUCAAUUCCUGCUUUUCUUAUUGCAAAAAACCCCAUUAUGACUGUGCUUUAUGUUUUUCCUUGUUAAGUAAAAAUCUAUUUUGACUUAUGAGUAAUUGCAGUGGGAUCACAACAGUAACCUGGGGUUUGAUUAGGAGGACAUUCAUUUCUUUUCUGCUGCUUCAGACAGAUGGACACUGCCAGGAACAGACGCUAUUCUUACAGUAGACUAAACACUGUUCUGUUAAUGAACAUUCUUCUGUGUACUUACUGUCCUUGUAAAUGUGCCUUUUUACACAAAUAAAACACUUUUUCAUGCUG